GAACUCGAAAAAGAAAUUUCCAAACUAAAAAAUACCAAACACAGGAUAGAACAAAAAAUCAGAAAUUAUUCAAAAAGAAGAUAUACUAUAAUAUUCGACAAACUGCAACAACCUUCAAUAGCCGCAGCAUUAGGACCAAUACCGACAUUAACACAAUUAUUUAAUACGCCUUUAGC